CUAUGCAGUGAUAGCUUACGGCUGUGCAGAGUGUCCCAAGCUGAGCUGUGGCCGUGAGGGUUGCGACACCGAGUUCUGCUACCACUGCCGGCAGCUGUGGCACCCCAACCAGACAUGUGACCAGGCCCGGCGGCAGCGAGCACGUCACACCUCCGGCGGCAACGAUUCCUCCACGCUGUACGUCUUCAAUGAAGAACCUGGAGGAGAUGCAGAGGAGAUCAAAGCGUGCCCUCGCUGCGGUGCCUACAUCAUGAAGACAAACGACGGCAGCUGUAACCGUAUGAACUGCACUGUGUGUGCCUGUCAGUUCUGCUGGCUUUGUAUGCAGGAGAUCACCGACGUGCACUACCUCAGUCCUUCUGGAUGUACAUUCUGGGGGAAGAAGCCAUGGUCUCAAACCCGCAAGGUUUUGUGGCAGGUGGGCAUGUUGCUCGGAGCACCGGUGGUCAUCUCCCUUAUAGCGGGCUUAGCCAUCCCAGUCAUCAUUGUGGGCAUACCAAUCUACAUGGGCCGCAAGGUCCAUGGUCGCUGUAAGAAAAACAAUAUCUCAGGAAGUAAGCACUACUUGACUGUGGCAAGUGGGGUGAUGAUGUCCGUGUUUGUGUCGCCUGUCAUAGCAGCUGUCACUGUGGGUAUGGGUGUGCCACUGAUGCUGACGUAUGUCUAUGGGGUCGUCCCAAUGUCGCUCUGUAGGAACGGCUGGUGUCGACCCCAGAAUGAGCCCCUUGAAACACACAAAAUCCAACUGGAGGACUUAGCCAGCUAUCUUCUAUUCUCUCAUGUAGUCAGUGACCACUGGCCGGGUCAGAAGAACCCAACGCUCAGUGACACCAGCGUCCAGGAAGUCAGAGUCAGUGUACAGGAAGUGGGCGUCCUCCCUAGUACAAGUACCACGCCCCCGGAGCUAGAUAGUUAUGAGGAAUUGGAUGAAGCCACAAAACACCACGGAUACUCCCAGCAGGACAGCCAAUCGGACUGCGAGGUGGUUAUUGUGCCUGACAGCAAGCUCGAUGACAAACAUGCUCCUUCUUUUAGGGAAGGAACCAAUUUUGAAGUGCGUGUGGAAAUUGAGACCCAACCCAGAGGCGCCCGCCAGUCCAGCCUCAGUAGCAUUCUGUCUAGCCGAAGCUUGUCGGUGGAGUCCCUGGGACGCACGCAGUCCCAGUCCCAAGGCUACCUGUGUGCCUCAGAACUGGAAGAAAGACGAGAGGGGGGAGGAGGAGAAAGCGAGGAGCAGGAGGGAAGAGAGAAACCAGGAGGGGAAGCAGGAGACGAAGGGACAGUUUUUCCAGUCUUUGAAAUAGACGGUGUAUGAGGUCGUCCAAUGCAGGCAUUGUACUUGGUUAAACAUAAGUCAGGUGGUAUGGAAAGAAAUCCAUUAGCUGACGUGCCAUUGGAUUGACCUGAAAAUCGCCAAGGCCACCUCCUGCUUCUAAGACCGGCCCCUCCCACCAGUUGCCUUCUAGCUCCAGCCUCUAAGGAAGACGCGGGUUUAGAGACAGCAAAUGAGAAAGUGUGUGAGUGUGUGAAUGAGACAAAUAGCAUGAGACUAUGAAAUAAAAAUUGGAGGGGGGAUAGACUGAAAAUCAGACAGGAUUGCAUCCAUCAAUGAAUCUAAAACAGAAGUGACUGAGAGCAUGUUAGCUGACUAAGUCAGCCUGGAUUUUUUCUAUGUUGUCCUCUCAAAAGGACUACCUUACACCCCCUCUACCAUAAAUCUAUUUCAUGCGGCCCUCUCUUUGUCUGGCUGUGCUCUUACACUUCUUUAGUGACCUCACCACCCUCUUCCCUCUCACUUAACAAAUAAAGAGACCCCUACAAGCAUGAUUUGUUUUAUGGGAGAUACAGAAUCUGUUGUGUCAGCGAGUACAUAUCACAUGAAUCUCAAGCCAAGUUAUAAGACAGGAGGGGUUUUUUUUUUUCUGCCUUAAGGAAUAUCUCCGGUCUUUUUAGAUGCAGUGCUCACACCUGAAUUGGACAACCUUAAACGGAUGAUGCAUGCAGCACUGUUCAACAACUCUUGUGAACCAGAUGAAAAACGACAUCUGAAAACUGUUGAAGCCUGUAACAUUUCUCAAUAGGGGUGAAGGGUGCUCCGUGACAUGGAAGUAUUUGAAAUGAUGGUAUGGUUAAUUAUAACUAAUAAUCUCAAAUCCACAGUCUUCCAUGGAAGCAGAAAGGAGGUAAUGUUACUUUUGCAUCAUUUUAGUGCAGCUUUUAGCCUUUAAGAGGCUAUUUCCUUUCAAACUGGAGAGGGGGACAUAGCUUUAGUUUGUAAAAAUGUUCACUCUAAUGCAGAUACUUGCCUUCAUUAGUGA